AUGUCUAAGGGUUUCAGUCUUAAUUUUUAAAAUGCUAAUGUAAUGACUUUUGAAUAAGAAAAUGAUUUAUUUGCUGGAUAAAGCAUCAAGUUAAAAUUUCAAUUGGGGGAGACCUAUUAUGAUUUAGAGUUUAAAGUUGGAUAAGAUGUUGAAUGGGCUAAGAAAUGCGUGGCUGAAAAAAUAGACUGCGGAAGAAACGAUUUUGACCUGUUUUUCUAAGGAAAGAUAAUGCCAGAAUUCUUCUCUUUGAAUGACAUUCAAAAUUUAAAGGAUUAAUCAAUCAUAGAAAUUAGAAUGAAGAAGUGA